CGUCACGGCCCGCAGACGCGCGCAGCAGCACGGCCGAGCUUCAGAGAAACGAAACGGCGGCUGCAACCGAGAAGCGACACGACAGGCCGCGGAAGACCCGGGAGGAAGACCCGGGCGGACGACAGCACUGCUCCUCGAGGACGCGGAACCCUGCGGGACGGCGGUGACCAUGGUGGGUGAACGUCGGAACGGGAACCUCCUGGUGCAGCUCGGUCCGCGGUUGCAGGCCUAUCCGGAGGAGCUGAUCCGUCAGCGUCGAACACACGACGGUCAAACGGAGUACCUGAUACGCUGGUGCCUCGUCACCAUUGACGAUGGCUCCAGCUCUGGGGGCGCAGCCGGCGAGGCGGGCAACGCGGGGAGCUCAGGCGUGGGCGGGUCCAGCAACUCCACGUCCGGAGAAACCAAGCCCGAGAACAUCCUGAUGUGGAUGUCCACAGAGGAUGUGUAUGCCAACUGCCCCACUCUGCUGGGCAAGAGGAAGGCGGACUCCCAGCGCCCCCUGCCGGAGCAGCAGCAGCAGGGCGGCGAGGCGUUCGGCGCCGCGGGGAGUGGUGGCGAGCUCCCGGCGGACGUCACCUUUGACGAGGUGGAGCUGUCGGACAUGAAGGAAGACGUGAAGAACCUGGUACGCCGUGCCCGGAAGCAGAUGGCCAAGAAGAGCGAUUUCUCCAUCAACAUCAUGCACACCAUCCACGUGCUGAGCGCCUACGCAAGCAUCGGCUCGCUGGUCGGCGUCUUCAAGGAGACCGGCGCCCUCAACCUGCUGAUGGAGCUGCUGUGCAACAAGGAGACGCAGACCCGGCGCAGCGCGGGGAAGAUGCUGCGAGCACUGGCCUCGCACGAUGCAGGCAGUCGUGCGUACGUCCUGCUCUCCCUCAGCCAGCAGGACGGAAUCGAACAACACAUGGACUUUGAGAACCGCUUCACGCUCUUGGAGCUUUUUGCCGAGACCACCUCGUCUGAGGAGCACGGCAUCUCCUUCGAGGGCAUCCACCUGCCGCAGAUCCCCGGGAAGCUGCUGUUCUCGCUGGUGAAACGUUACCUGUGCGUCACGUCUCUGAUGGACAAGCUCAACACGGCGGGGGCGGAGCCAGAGAGGCAGGACGCCAGCCCGUCCCCCGCCUCCUCUGGCUCCGCCCACCAGGCGGAGCAGCUGCGGGUGCAGCGGGAGUUCGACUUCACCAUGGCGAUGGCCAACCUCAUCUCCGAGCUGGUGCGCGUGAUGGGCUGGGACCGCAACCGGCAGCCGCCCGACGGCGCCGCCCACCGCCAGGGAGGAGGAGGCGUGGCCCUGGGGGAGGAGCCGGCGGAGGAGGCGUCGUGCCGCCCCAUCCUCAGGUCCAUCUUCCAGCCCAGAUUCUGCUCUUCGCCCAUUUCCUUUGCCCCCUCUUCCGUCACCGUGGCGCCCGCCGCCGCUGCGGCACCGCCGAAGAAGAAGGCGGGAAACGGGUUCAAGACCCGGUCGGACUUCGCCAGCCGCACGGCGUACGCGGAGUACGUCCAGGACAAUCUCAAAAGCGGCAUGACCGUCCGCAUGCUGGAGGACUACGAGGAGGUGAGCGCCGGCGACGAGGGCGAGUUUCGAUACAGCAACGACGGCUCGCCGCCGGUUCAGGUGUACUGGAACUCCCUGUCCAGGACCUACUGGGUCCACUGGCACAUGGUGGAGAUCGUGGGCAGCGGCAGCGGCUCGCAGGCGGAGAAGGAGACGCAGGAGAAGGCCUCCUCCCUGACGGAGACGCUCAAGCUCACCGCCGUUAGCCAGACCUUCUUCUCGAAGCCGCCCGGGGGUCUCUAUUCGCUGCCGUACCUGUCGGAGGGCCGGCAGGCGGAGCCGGUGAGUCUGAGCCGGGGGGAGUGGUGGGAGAUCCUCUUCUUCAUCAAGAAGCUGGAAGCCAAGCAGCAGCAGGAGGUGAACGAGCUGCUCCUGCAGAGCCUUGACCACCAGGAGCUGCCGCUGGAUGACUCCGCCCUCCUCACCCUCUCCGUUCCCAGUGAUGUUGCCCGGAAGUUGCUUCACUACCUGAAGCAGAAGCUGCCGUCGUCGUGUCUCGGCGACCUGCUCUGCUCCCAUACCUUCUCCAAACACUACCUGAGGAGGGGCGGAGCCAGCAUGGAGGACGAGGAGCUGCUAGGUGAGGAGAGCACACCGGCACACACACACACACGCACACACACACUCACACACUCCUCACACUGCUUGUGUUCUGCAGCUGAAAGCUCUCUGAGUUCCUCAGGUGUGGGAGGAGGAGCGGCAGGCGGAGGCCAGAGCUGCUCCUCUUCAUCGGCCCUGGCCUCCUCCUCCUCAGUGAUGGCCUCCGUCUCCAAAAAAGCCAAGAAGGAGGCGCCGCUGGAGUCGGGCGGCUGGGAGACCGAGAGCGAGCUGCCCGCCGAAGACGACAGCAAGUACCCCGAAGACCUGGAGGACAAGAUCAAAGUGUUCAACAGCCCGCGGGUUCAGGGGAAGAAGACUGUGCUGGAGAAACUGGGUGAAGUGGUGGAGCUGUUGAAGAAGAGCACCUCCUCCUCCUCGUCCUCGUCCUCCUCGUCCUCCUCCGACGUCCACCUGCAGCUGGCCGCGGUCCUCUUCAUGACCCGCCUGCUUGAGGAGAAAGGAGCGCAGGAGAAGAACUCCAUGAGGAGCGACUCGGCUCAGACCAUCAGGGACCGGGUCCUGAAGCAGCUGGUGGAUCUCCUGGGUUCCUCCUCCAAGGACCUGGUUCUGAGCACGCUGCGUCUCACUCACCUGCUCAUGCUGAAGUACGAGUGGAGGGUUUCUUUCGCCACAGAGGGCGGAGUCAAAGCCGUGCUGUCUGCCAUGCAGACCUUCUCCACCAACACACACCUGCAGCAGCUGGCCCUGGCGACCCUGAAGGUCAUCACGGGCGCCAGCAAGCACGACCUGCGCAGCGUGGGCAUCAGCCUCCCGCUCUCCGAGUCCGGCACGCAGAUGAUGCUGGAGAUCUUCGCCAGCAUUGGCUCGGCCACGCCCGAAGGCUCCAGGGGGCUGCUGGGAGUCAUUCCCGCCGCCAUCGACCUCCUGCUCGGGACCAAAGGCUCCACGCUCUCGGUGAGGAACGGCCUGCUGGUCAUCAUCAUGCUCAUCUCCAGCCACCGCAGCCUGGCCGAGCAGCUGGUGGCCUGCGAGGUCACCGCCGUCCUCAAGAAGUGUCUCAGUCUGUCCAAGACGGAGACCAUGCUGGCCAUCAUCGCCCUCAACCAGAUCUGCAUGGUCCACAAGCUGGAGAGCAGAGACAGCAGUGAACAUCUGGAUCUGAAGGAUACGGAGUUACAGAUGUUGGCUGUGAGUCUGAAGGAGCUGACGGCCACUAAAGAGGUGAUUCAGACUCUGGAGCAGCUGCUGUGUGAAGAUAACGCACAGCUGGACGAGGAGCGCAGCCAGGUCACCCACAGCAGGGAGACCUACCAGGACCUGAUCCGUCUGAUGGAGCAGCACCGAGCCGACCGCAGCGUGCAGCUCUCCAUCCUCAGGAUCCUGAACACGUUCCUGGAGAACUACAAGGAGGACGAGCUGCCGUGGCACGAGAGCAUCGAGCCGUGCCUGUCCUCCAUGACGGCCUUCAUCAGCGACAGAGAGGUGGUGCAGAUGCUGGUCCGCUUCCUGUUCCGCCUGGCCACGGUGAACAAGGACUACGCGGUGGUGAUGUGCCGCGUCGGCACCAAAGAGGCUCUGGUCAAAGCUCUGGACAAACACAGCUCCAACCUGCUGCUGGUGCCGGAGCUCCGCGACCUCCUCACCGACUGCGACAAGUACGCCAGCCUCUACAAGAAGAUGACCACCAGCGUGCUGGCGGGCUGCAUUCAGAUGGUGCUGGGGCAGAUCGAGGAGCACCGCCGCAGCCAUCAGCCAAUCAACAUCCCCUUCUUCGACGUCUUCCUCAGGAAUCUGUGCCAAGGGUCCAGUGUGGAGCUGAAGGAGGAUAAAAGCUGGGAGAAAGUGGAAGUUUCGUCCAAUCACCAUCGAGCGAACAAACUGACUGACAAGAACCCGAAAACCUACUGGGAGUCCAACGGCUGCACCGGCUCGCACUUCAUCAGCAUCUACAUGCACAAAGGAGUCGUCAUCAGACAGCUGGCCAUCCUGGUGGCCAGCGAGGAUUCCAGCUACAUGCCGGCUCGUGUUCUGGUUCUGGGUGGAGACGACCCGGCCAACAUCAACACGGAGCUCAACACGGUGAACGUGACGCCGUCGGCCAGCCGUGUGGUUCUCCUGGAGAACAUGACUCGCUUCUGGUCCAUCAUCCAGAUCAGGAUCAAGAGGUGUCAGCAGGGCGGCAUUGACACGCGGGUGCACGGGUUCGAGGUCCUGGGUCCGAAGCCCACCUUCUGGCCCGUGUUCAAGGAGCAGCUGUGCUGUCGGACCUUCCUGUUCUACAGCACCAAGGCCCACAGCUGGUGUCAGGAGGUGAAGGAGGAGCGAACGCAGCUCCUGCAGCUCUUCAACAAGCUCAACAGCGCUCUCAGACACGAGCAGAUGUUUGCAGAUCGUUUCCUUCCCGACGCCGAAGCUGCCGAAGCUCUCGGUCGAACCUGCUGGGAAGCUCUCAUCACCCCGAUCGUCCACAGCAUCACUCUGACGGAAUCCUCAGCGGCACUCAGCCCUCUGUCCUGGCUGCUCAGCGAGUAUCUGGAGAAUGCCGAGUCGGCGCGCCGCUGUAAGGGCCGGGCCGCCAUCUUCAACUCCCGAGUGCGGCGCCUCACACACCUGCUGGUCCACGUGGACACGAGCCAGGCCGACAGCGAGGAGCUCCGCCCCCCCGUCAAAUCCAAUGGCAAAGAGGCGAAGAACAAAGACUCGUCGACCUCCUCCUCCUCCUCCUCUUCUUCGUCCUCCAAACCCAAAAUGAAGAGCAGCAGCAGCAUCGCGGGCAUCGCCCUCUGCUGGCAGGGAGUCGUGCAGCACCAGGUGAAGAGGUUCCUGGAGUCCAGCUGCAGCCUGCCGGACUUCGUGGAGCGGUACCGGAUGCUGUACCUGCGACUGAAGAACGCCAUGGAGGAGCUGUUCGGGCAGCAGACCGCCUUCGUCUUGGCCCUGCGACACGGCUUCUCAGCCGCGCUGCUGCAGCUCUCCAUCCUCAGAGCCAUGCACGUGAGUGAGCGUUUUGCGCAGUACAUCGAUCAGAUCAUCGAGGCCAGCGGGGCGGCGUGUGGCGGCGGCGUGGAGACCCUGGAGCGGCUGCAGCAGUUCCUGGAGCCGAUGCUCUUCCUGUCGGGGCUGGAGCUCGCCAACACCUUCGAGCACUUCUACAGGUACUACCUGGGCGACCGGCUGCUGGCUCAGGGGAACGUGUGGCUGGAGAGCGCCGUGGUGGAUCACAUCGGCAGCUGCUUCCCCAGCCGCUUCCCGCAGCAGAUGCUGAAGAACCUGAGCGAGUCGGCCGAGCUGCAGCAGGAGUUCCAUCUGUACCGCCUGCAGCAGCUGGACCGCCACCUGCAGGACCAGGACCAGGACCAGGUCAGCCCGCACGCACGCCCAGCAGCACCCGGCGGAGCCGAGGCCCGGUCCAGACGGGCGGAGCCUCAUGUGUGGAUGUGCUUGGCUCUGCAGCUGAUGGAGGAAGAGUGGGUGGAGUCGGAGGACGAGGCGGACGUCCAAGUUCUGGUUCUGUCGCCGCGCUGCUGGACGGUGUCCUCCCUCUGCUUCCUGGACCGACCCGGCAAACAUUUCCCCCCAGAACUCUGCUCCUACCUGGACCAGUUCACACAGUUCUACACCCACAGCCAGUCCCUCUGUGCCGUCCCUCUCUGGAAGCCUCGCCGGCUGCAGUGGACGUGGCUCGGACACGCCGAGCUGCAGUUUGGCUGCUCCACGCUCAAAGUUUCUACACUGCAGAUGUUCAUCCUGCUGCACUUCAACCACAAACAGGAGGUGCGGGUGGAGGACCUCCUGCAGGAGUCCGGUCUCUCUGCUGACGUUCUCCUUCACGCUCUGCUCCCGCUCAUCGCUGACGGAGCUCCGCUCACCUGCAGCCGGCCAGAGGAGCCCAGAACAGGCGUGCUGCGGUUGAACCAGCAGGUGGCGUCUCUCUGCAUGGACGGAUCGGUGCCGUCCAUGCGCCUCCUGCCCAGACAGACGUACCUGAAGGUGGACGAGGACGCGGUGGGGACGCUGGAGAGGAAGAGGAACUACAUCUACUGUCUGAUCGUGAACAUCAUGAAGCAGGAGAAGGAGAUGCACAUCGACAACCUGGUCUUCAAGGUCCUGGACUCGGUCCAGAAGCGGGAGUCCGGCGCCGGCGGACGCUUCGGCUGCAGCUCGAGCGACGUGCUGUCCUGCAUCCUGCACGUCAUCAGCCGGGGCUUCGUGCGGCGCGGCGAGGAGAACCCGCACAUCGUGGAGUUCCUCCCCGACGACCCGGCCACCCCCCACAAAGGCCCGGCCCAGUUCAGCCUGAGACGCUCCGACAGCCAGGAGGAGGGAGCCCACUUCAGCCUGCUGGAAGACGGGGCUCUGGACGCGGUUCUGUUCUCGAUGGGUCGCACCAUGUCGCAGGAGGACGUUCGUCAGCUGAUGCAGAGAACAGUGCAACAGGUGUCCGGUACCCUCAGUCUGGAUGCGGACCGGGCCGAGCACCUUCUGGUCCACUGCCGCUGGAACGUGGACGUCCUGGUGCAGCGUUACACCGACGACCCCGACGAGCUCGUCAUGGCCGCCGGCCUCAAGUGUCGGAACCCUCAGCCGCCGCCAAGCCCCGCCGCCUCCUGUCCCGUGUGCCUGGGACCCCGCACUGUUACCAUGGAGACGGUCCCGUCACUCAGCUGCAUGCACUACUGUUGCAGGUCGUGCUGGCAGGAGUACCUGACCUCCCGGAUCGAGCAGAACCUGCUGAUGAACUGUAACUGUCCCAUCACGGACUGCCAAGCUCAGCCCACGUCGCACUUCUUCCUCAGCGUGCUCAGCGACAAGGACACCAUCGCCAAGUACGAGAACGCCCGGCUGCGGGGCUACGUGGAGAGCUGCUCCAACCUGACGUGGUGCACCAACCCUCAGGGCUGCGACCGCAUCCUCUGCAAGGAGAACCUGGGCAGCAUGGGCACAUGCUCCAAAUGCUGCUGGACCUCCUGCUUCAGCUGCAACUUCCCCGAGGCUCACUGCCCUGCCAGCUGCAGCCACAUGUCUCAGUGGAUGGACGACGGAGGAUUCUAUGAAGGCAUGAACAUGGAGGCUCAGAGCAAACAUCUGGCGAAGCUCAUCUCCAAACGCUGCCCCAGCUGCCAGGCGCCCAUCGAGAAGAACGAGGGCUGUCUGCACAUGACCUGCGCCAAGUGUAACCAUGGGUUCUGUUGGCGGUGUCUGAAGCCGUGGAAGCCGACACACAAAGAUUAUUACAACUGCUCGGCCAUGGUCAGUAAAGCUGCUCGACAGGAAAAGAAGUUCCAGGAUUACAACGAGAGAUGCACCUUCCACCACCAGGCCAAGGACUUCGCGGUGAACCUGGAGAACAGGGUGUCGUCCAUAAACGAGGCGCUGCAGAUGAAAUCCUUGACCUUUGUCAUCGACGCCUGUAAAGUCCUCGCCCAGGCUCGAAAGGUUCUGGCCUACUCGUGCGUCUACAGUUACUACAACCAGGAGACGGAGAAGAUGGACGUGAUGGAGCAGCAGACCGAGGCUCUGGACCUGCACACCAACGCUCUGCAGAUCCUGCUGGAGGAGACCCUGCUGCAGUGCACCGAUCUGGCCUCGUGUGUCCGGCUGCUGAAACAGGAACACCUCAACACGGGACUGGAACUGAUCCGACGCAUCCAGGAACGCCUGCUGGCGAUCCUGCAGCACUCUACCCAGGACUUCAGGGUCGGCUAUCAGUCCAAGGGGAGCCAGGAAUCCGAAUCCACUCAGACUUCCAACCUGUCCAACCACACAGACACCAACAAAGGUCCGAAGUCGAACCAGGCGACGGACUCCGGGGACUCGGACAACAACAACUACCCGGGUGAGGACGGCGGCGAGGAGGCGGAGGACGACGACGACGACGAGUACGACGAGGAGUAUGUUCCCGAGUGGCACGAGGACUACGACGAGGACGACAUCGACGAGGACGACUUCUUCUCCGACGACGACGAGUCGGAGAACUUGGAGAGAGACUUCAGCCCCUUUGACUGAGACUGAGACCUCCGCCCUGCCCCCCCUACCCCAGGGAUCGACAGAGUCCCGGAACACCCCCCACCCCCACCCCACCGCUGCACUCGCUUAUCGCUGCUUUUCUUCACUUUCCCAAAAUUCAAGGAGACGAGAGAUCUUCAGUCUGAAAAUUAAGUUGGUUUUUUUUCCAAGUCUCUGAGUUCCAGUCGGAGGUCUUUCUUUCAGUUCUGGUUCAGAACCGGGGUUUUUUGUGACAAUCAGGUUCUGGUUUUUGUUGGAUCCCGACUGAGGUGACGGGCCUUGGAGCUGUUCCUGGUCUGGGUGUGUGGUCAGUGGGUCAGGGACCCUGAAUGUGGACCCUGGUGGUUUUCCAGAGGCUACUGGACCAACUUUUCUUCAGAGGGCUCUGAGUGUUCUGGACUGCCGGUCCGAGUCUGGCUCAUGUGUUCCUGAGCGAGUCUCCAUACUAACUGCCUCCAUAGUAACCAUCUCCGUGGUAACCGCGUGGUAAUCAUGUCUUCAUGCAUCCGGACACACCGGCUCCAGCAGACUGUCCCCGCCUGGAGGUUCUGGUCGGUGGAGGACUCGGUCCACGUUGGCUCUAACCUGGAGAGUGUCUGAUGUUCUGUGGCCUGGAUCUGGUUCUGUUUCCUGAUUCUGGUUUCUUUAUUGGAGUCGAGCGACUUCAGCCUGCAAAACUAAAUAAAAGCUUUUUCUGCUA